AUGACCACUCCAACCAGUGGCACUCAGGGCAUUCAAGCCCACCUGGCCAAAUACCAGGGCGACAGCUACGUCGACGGCUGGGCCUCCCUCUGGGACAAAGGCGACGAUCUACCCUGGGACCGAGGCUUCCCCAACCCCGCCCUGGAAGAUGCUCUAGUCCAGCGUGCCGGCACCAUUGGCGGACCUCUCGCCCAGGAUGCGCAGGGCCAGUCGUAUAGACGCAAGGCUCUAGUUCCCGGCUGUGGUCGAGGUGUGGACGUGCUCUUGCUGGCGAGCUUUGGGUAUGAUGCCUAUGGGCUGGAGUACAGUGCCGCCGCUAUUGAGGCGUGCAAGAAGGAGGAAAAAGAGAACCAUAGCUGGUAUCGCGUGCGAGACCAGACUGUUGGAAAGGGGAAGGUCACUUUUGUCCAGGGUGAUUUCUUUGAUGAUGCCUGGUUGAAGACGAUUGGAGUGCCUCGGAAUGGAUUCGAUGUUAUUUAUGAUUAUACGUUCUUCUGUGCUCUGACUCCAGACCUCCGUCCUAAAUGGGCCCUCCGACACACGGAGCUCCUGGCCCCCUCGCCAGCAGGGAACCUGAUUUGUCUGGAAUUCCCCCGUCACAAGGAUCCCCUGGCCGGCGGCCCUCCUUAUGCCUCCCCUUCUGAGGCAUACGUGGAGCACCUGAGCCACCCGGGCGAGAAGAUCUCCUACAACGCCAAGGGUCUCGUCAAUGCGGAUCCGCUGCGAGAGCCCAGCAAGGCCGGCCUGGAGAGGGUCGCGCACUGGCAGCCUGAGCGUACACACACCGUCGGUCAGGGCGAGAAUGGGGUGAUUCAUGACAGAGUCUCUAUUUGGCGUCGACGUGACUAG